CCAGGGGUGGAGUGAUGAACAAGACAGGUCUAGAACCAGCUUCAUGUACUACUGGAAGCCUCGCUGGGGAGACAGACACCGAUUAUGUAAUCUCACAGAUAAAUUGCAGUUGGGGUAUAUUAUCCCGUCUUUACAGAGGCUUGAUGCUGGGUUUUACCGCUGUGUGGUGCGAAACAGGAUGGGAGCUCUCUUGCAGAGAAGAUCAGAAGUUCACGUCGCAUAUUUGGGAAAUUUCAUGGAUAUAGACCAGAGGAAAACGGUGUCUCAAGGACAUGCAGCAGUCCUCAACUUACUGCCCAUCACCAGCUGCCCGAGACCACAAGUGACUUGGUUCAGAGAAGGGCACAAGAUCAUACCCAGCAACAGAAUAGCCAUCACGCUGGAAAAUCAACUGGUGAUUCUUGCCGCGACCGCAGGUGAUGCCGGGGCUUACUACGCGCAGGCCGUCAACGAGCGGAACGGAGAGAACAAGACCAGCCCGCUCAUUCACUUGAGCAUAGCAAGAGAUGUUGGCACCCCUGAAACCAUGGCACCCGUCAUUGUGAUUCCUCCGGGCAACAGAAGUGUGGUGGCUGGGUCCAGUGAGAUCACCUUGGAAUGCAUCGCCAACGCCAGGCCUGUCGAAGAGCUGCACGUGAACUGGAAGAGGAACGGGGUGAGGAUCGCUGGAGGGCUGCACAGCUUUGGGAGGCGCCUCACCAUUGGCAACCCGACGUCCGCGGACACGGGGAUGUACGUCUGUGAGGCGACGCUGAGAGGGAGUGCUUUCGACGCAGCCACAGCGAAAGCCUUUCUGUCUAUCACAGAGCCACCGUAUUUUACUGCUGAGCCCGAGAAUCGGAUCUUAGCAGAAGUGGACGAUACCGUGGACAUCGUGUGUCGAGCAAUGGGGGUCCCUCUUCCCACCCUCCAGUGGUACAAGGACGCCGUCUCCAUCAGCAAGCUCCAGAAUCCUCGAUACAAGAUGCUUUCAGGCGGAGGCCUGCGCAUCCAGAAAAUGCGUCCCGAGGACUCCGGGAUCUUCCAGUGCUUUGCCAGUAAUGAGGGAGGGGAGAUCCAGACCUACACCUACCUGGACGUGACCAAUGUUGCACCAGCAUUUACCCAGCUUCCAGUGGACACCACGGUCACUGAUGGGAUGAUGGCCGUCCUGAGGUGCGAGGCGUCUGGAGCCCCGAAGCCCGCCAUCACGUGGAGGAGAGGAAAACACAUUUUGGCCAGUGGCUCCGUGCGGAUUCCUAGGUUCAUGCUUCUGGAGUCUGGGGGUCUACAGAUUGCCCCCGUCUUCAUCCAGGAUGCCGGCAACUACACCUGCUAUGCAGCCAACACGGAGGGGUCCCUGAAUGCGUCCGCAGCGCUGACCGUGUGGAAUCGCACGUCCAUCGUUAACCCUCCGGAGGACCGCGUGGUGAUUAAGGGGACCACAGCCAUGCUGCGCUGUGGAGCCACUCACGAUCCCCGGAUUGCCCUCCGCUACGUCUGGAAGAAGGACAACGCAGUCAUCACCCCAUCCAGCAGUUCCAGGGUCGUGGUGGAGAAGGACGGGUCCCUCCUCAUUAGCCAGACGUGGUCGGGUGACAUCGGAGACUACACCUGUGAAAUCGUGUCUGAAGGAGGGAACGACUCCAGAACAGCCCGGCUGGAGGUCAUUGAACUGCCUCACUCACCUCAGAACCUGCUGGCCAGCCUGAACUCUUCCCACAGCCACGCCGUGAUGCUGUCUUGGGUUCGACCCUUUGAUGGAAACAGCCCGGUGCUCUAUUACAUCGUGGAGCUGUCUGAGAACAACUCUCCAUGGAAAGUACAUCUGUCAAACGUCGGUCCCGAGAUGACAGGCGUCACCGUGCGCGGCCUGACUCCAGCUCGCACCUAUCAGUUCAGGGUGUGUGCCGUGAAUCAAGUGGGCAAAGGCCAGUACAGCGCAGAGACAAGCAGGCUGAUGUUACCUGAAGAGCCACCCAGUGCUCCCCCAAAGAACAUCGUGGCCAGUGGGCGUACCAAUCAGUCCAUCAUGGUCCAGUGGCAGCCACCCCCAGAAACAGAGCACAAUGGGGUGCUGCGUGGGUACAUCCUCAGGUACCGCCUGGCAGGCUUGCCGGGAGAACACCAGCAGCGCAACAUCACCAGCCCAGAGGUCACCUACUGCCUGGUGACAGAGCUGAUCAUCUGGACGCAGUAUGAGAUCCAGGUGGCAGCCUACAACGGGGCCGGCCUGGGCGUCUUCAGCAGGGCCGUGACCGAAUACACCCUCCAAGGAGUGCCUACUGCACCCCCACAGAACGUGCAGAUGGAAGCUGUGAAUUCCACAACCAUCCAGUUCCUCUGGAACCCUCCACCUCAGCAGUUCAUCAACGGCAUCAACCAGGGAUACAAGCUCCUCGCUUGGCCAGCUGAGGUCCCUGAGGCCACCACUAUGGUCACCAUCGCGCCAGAUUUCCACGGAGUCCACCACGGGUAUAUAACGAACCUGCAGAAGUUCACUGCUUACUUCACCUCAGUUCUGUGUUUCACCACUCCAGGGGAUGGGCCUCCAAGCACGCCUCAGCUUGUAUGGACUCAUGAAGACAAACCAGGAGCUGUAGGACAUCUGAGUUUCACGGAGAUUCUGGACACAUCCCUCAAGGUCAGCUGGCAGGAGCCCCUGGAGAAGAAUGGUAUCAUUACAGGCUACCAGGUUUCCUGGGAGGUGUACGGUCGGAACAGCUCACGACUCACCCACACCCUCAGUAACACGACUCACGAGUACAAAAUCAGAGGAUUGUCGUCGCUCACCACCUACACCAUUGACGUGGCCGCUGUCACCGCUGUGGGGGCUGGCCUGGCCACCUCGUCCACCAUUUCUUCUGGAGUGCCCCCAGAGCUCCCUGGCGCCCCGUCCAAUCUGGUCAUUUCCAACAUCAGCCCCCGCUCAGCCACACUCCAGUUCCGACCGGGUUACGACGGGAAGACCUCCAUCUCCAGGUGGAUCGUCGAGGGUCAGGUCGGAGCCAUUGGUGAUGAGGAGGAGUGGGUCAGCCUCUACGAGGAGGAGAAUGAGCCCGACACCCAGACGCUGGAGAUCCCAAACCUCACGCCCUACACUCAUUACAGGUUUCGCAUGAGGCAGGUGAACAUUGUCGGUACCAGCCCCUUCAGCCAGUCAUCCCGGGUCAUCCAGACCCUGCAGGCUCCCCCUGAUGUGGCUCCCACCAGCAUCACCGUGCGAACAGCCAGUGAGACCAGCCUGCGGCUCCGCUGGGUGCCGCUGCCCGAUUCCCAGUACAACGGGAACCCUGAGUCGGUGGGCUACAGGAUUAAGUACUGGCGCCCCGACCUCCAGGCGCAGGCGCUGGCACAAGUCAUCAACGACCGGCUGGAGAGGGAGUUCACCGUCGAGGGCCUAGAGGAGUGGGCAGAGUACGAACUCCAGAUGCAGGCAUUCAACGCCAUCGGGGCUGGGCCCUGGAGCGAGGCAGUGCGGGGCCGCACGCGGGAGUCAGUUCCUUCAGCUGCCCCUGAAAACGUGUCCGCUGAGGCCGUCAGCUCCACCCAGAUCUUACUGACGUGGGCUUCCGUGCCCGAACAGGACCAGAACGGGCUCAUACUGGGCUACAAGAUUCUGUUCCGGGCCAAAGACCUGGACCCCGAGCCCUGCAGUCACGUCGUGCGAGGGAACCACACGCAGUCGGCGCUCCUGGCCGGUCUCCGGAAGUUCGUGCUGUACGAGCUCCAGGUGUUGGCGUUCACCCGCAUCGGCAAUGGAGUCCCCAGCUCUCCCCUCAUCCUGGAGCGGACCAAGGACGACGCCCCAGGCCCGCCAGUGAGGCUUGUGUUCCCAGAAGUGAGACUCACGUCCGUGCGGAUCGUGUGGCAGCCGCCAGAGGAACCCAACGGCAUCAUUCUGGGGUACCAGAUCGCCUACCGCCUGGCCAGCAGCAGCCCUAACACGUUCACCACGGUGGAGGUGGGCGCCACGGUGAGGCAGUUCACGGCCACCGAGCUGGCCCCGGAGUCCGCGUACAUCUUCAGGCUAUCGGCCAAGACGAGGCAGGGCUGGGGGGAGCCUCUGGAGGCCACCGUCAUCACUACUGAGAAGAGAGAGCGACCAGCGCCCCCCAGAGAGCUCCUGGUGCCGCAGGCCGAAGUGACCGCCCGCAGUCUCCAGCUCCAGUGGGUUCCGGGCAGCGACGGGGCCUCCCCCAUCCGCUACUUCACCGUGCAGGUGCGAGAGCUGCCCGGGGGAGAGUGGCAGACCUACUCCUCGUCCGUCAGCCAUGAGGCCACAGCCUGUGCUGUCGAAAGGCUGAGGCCCUUCACUUCCUACAAGCUGCGCCUGAAAGCCACCAAUGACAUCGGGGACAGUGACUUCAGCAUGGAGACGGACGCGGUGACCACGCUGCAGGACGUUCCAGGAGAGCCUCCAAGUUUUGUCUCAGUGACACCGCACACCACCUCCUCUGUUCUGAUCCAGUGGCGGCCUCCAAGAGACGAGAGCCUGAACGGCCUUCUGCAGGGUUACCGGAUCUACUACCGGGAGCUAGAGUCAGAGGCAGCCUCGGCCACCGUGUCCAAGACGCUCAAAACCCCUUCGGCUUUACGGGCCGAGCUCGCAGCCCAAAGCAGCUUCAAGACGGUGAACAGCUCCACAUUAACGACGUAUGAAUUAACACGUCUGAAGAAAUACCGGCGCUAUGAGGUUAUCCUGACGGCCUACAACAUCAUCGGCGAGAGUCCGGCCAGCGCACCCGUGGAGGUGUUCGUCGGCGAGGCUGCCCCGGCCAUGGCUCCGCAGAACGUCCAGGUGACCCCGCUCACGGCCAGCCAGCUGGAGGUCACGUGGGACCCGCCGCCCCCGGAGAGCCAGAAUGGGAACAUCCAGGGCUACAAGGUUUACUACUGGGAGGCAGACAGCCAGAAUGAAACGGAGAAGAUGAAGGUCCUGUUCCUGCCGGAGACCGUGGUGAAGCUGAAGAACCUGACCAGCUACACCCAGUACCUGGUCAGCAUCUCCGCCUUCAACGCUGCCGGGGACGGACCGCAGAGUGACCCCAGGCAGGGGCGCACACAUCAGGCCGCUCCUGGGACCCCCAGCUUUUUGGCGUUCUCAGAAAUAACCUCUACCACGCUUAAUGUCUCGUGGGGCGAACCGACGGCAGCCAACGGCAUCCUGCAGGGCUACCGAGUGGUCUACGAGCCCUUAGCACCUGUCCAAGGGGUGAGCAAGGUGGUGACGGUGGACGUGAAGGGGAACGGGCAGCGCUGGCUGAAGGUGCGCGAUCUCACCAAGGGAGUCACCUACUUCUUCCGCGUGCAGGCGCGGACCAUUGCCUACGGGCCUGAGCUGCAGGCCAAUGUCACGGCCGGGCCAGCCGAGGGCUCCCCGGGGUCCCCCAGAGAUGUCUUGGUCACCAAGUCCGCCUCUGAACUGACCCUGCAGUGGAUCGAGGGAAACGCGGGCAGGACGCCCACCACCGGCUACGUCAUCGAGGCCAGGCCCUCAGAUGAAGGGCUCUGGGACAUGUUUGUGAAGGACAUCCCCCGCAGCGCCACAUCCUACACCGUCAGCCUGGACAAGCUCAGGCAGGGAGUGACCUACGAGUUCCGGGUGGUGGCCGUGAACCAGGCGGGCUACGGGGAGCCCAGCAGCCCCUCCACAGCCGUGUCAGCUCAAGUGGAAACCCCGUUCUACGAGGAGUGGUGGUUCCUCCUGGUGAUGGCGCUCUGCAGCCUGAUCGUCAUCCUGCUGGUGGUGUUCGCCCUGGUCUUGCACGGGCAGAACCGGAGAUACGGGAGCUGCAGCACAGGUAAGAGCAUCUCCAACAUGGAGGAGUCCGUGACGCUAGACAACGGGGGGUUUGCUGCCUUGGAGCUCAACAGCCGUCACCUCAAUGUCAAGAACACCUUCUCAAAGAAGAAUGGGACCAGGCCCCCGCCACGGCCCAGCCCCGGCGGGCUGCACUACUCAGACGAGGACAUCUGCAGCAAGUACAACGGAGCCGUGCUGACCGAGAGUGCCGACCUCAAGGAGAAGUCGGUGGACGCUGCGGAAUCCGAGGGCACCGACUCUGAGUCCGAGGACGCGCCCCCCCAGCACUCCUUCGUCAACCACUACAUGAGCGACCCCACCUACUACAACUCGUGGAAGCGGCGGGCCCCAGGCGGGCGCGCCCCACACAGGUACGAGGCGGUGGCGGGCGGCGAGGCAGGGCCGCACCUGCACACCGUGGUCACCACGCAGAGCGCCGUGUUCGCACCCGCGGGCCCUGGCGCCCGGACUCCGCUCACCGGCUUCUCCUCCUUCGUGUGACGGCCCCAACGGGGCCUCGGUGGACCUCCCAGCCUCCUUUUGUUAAGACAAUCAACUCCAAUAACUGAGCUCAAGCUUUUGUUUAAAGAGAAUUCUGAUAAGUGAUGAUUUUACCUACUUGUGGACACUAGAUUUCAAUUAGGAAGGUUUUUUUAACGGCUUUUUGUAACAUCGCUGCAGGAAGCGGGUUUCUUUGUUUUCUUUUCUUUUUACGAGAAGGUGUAUUUCAGUGGUGCAAUGGCGGGAAGGCCUCAGACCCCCCCCCCCCCAACCCCCCGGCCCCAGGUCUCUCCAUCCCGACACCCAACUAGGGAGGCUGCGGGGGAGGAAGAGCAGGGAUCGAGGGAUCCUGUGUCCAGACCGCUCCUUCCUCUUCUCUACCUCCUGUGCCUCUGGAGAACCAGCUGUGCGCCGGGCUCUCCAUCGGUGACACCGCCCGGCUGGGCUCUGGCCGCCUCCCGGCCUGCAGAGCGAAGUCCGCCCUGGGCUCUGCGCUUUUCCACCUGACUGCAUCCACCUCUGAAAUACUCUCCCUCUGCAGUUUCUAGGCAAGGAAUCAGCUUCCAGGUUCCUGGCAAGGGGGCAAGAGAUUGCAAGGUGGGGUCGUCUGACCCGGUGAUGACCCCCUUGGUUGCACCGUGUGACCCCUGUGGUGAAAUAUCUGGGCCUUUUUCUUCCUUUCUGUCCUUAAACCCGACAGUGCAGAGCAGGAAACCACCCCGGGGCUGGAAGCCCCACGCCGGCCCUCACUCAGCAAGCUAGCUCCUUCCCGAGAGCACAGCACACGGCCAACCCUGCUAACCCAGACAGAACCAGACGGCGCUUGCAGAAUUGCUUGUUGUGUAAGAGGUGUGCAUUGUUAACCAGAGUAUUUUUUAAAUCUUUUUAUCUUUUUUUAAAGUAUGUCACAUGAAAUGAAUGAGUCUCUGCUGUCUCCAGGUGCCUUUUUAUUAAUUGUUUAGCUUUGUACAUGAGAGACGAAAAGCGUCAGUGUCUCCAAAUAAAGCAAAACAGCUCUGAGCAAACGAGGCCCGAAUUGCCGCCUCCUCGCCAGGCCUCCUGCAGAGGUGGGCGCCGGCCUUCCUCUGAGCAUGGCCCCCUGGUCUCCUUGCUCCACCUGCUGCCCACUGCCUUGCCCACCAGUGCCGCUGCGUCCCCCACCCCGACCCCAGCCCAGCUUCUAGCCUUAACGGGUUUUCUGGAAACUUUUUUUUUUCCCCUUUGCUAUUGUUUCAUUUUAGUUUUUUAGCCAUAUGAAAAUAGCAUGAACUACGUUGAAAAUUAGAGAGUCCAAACUGUAGCUGUGGUUCCAGCCAUCACAUUAUUCUUGCAAGAGGGGUCCGAUGUGGCUGAGGAGCAGGGCCGACCCUCCAGGCCAGAGCCUAGGUCCAGGUAUACACGGUGUGCUGCUGGGGCCGGCCAGACUGCGCCCAGAGCUCAGGGAGGGCCCAGUGUCCCCACCUCGCCAGAGGAGUGUGGCCGUGACAGUGCCCAGCAUCCUGCUGACACCCCCAAGGCCCAGGGGAGUGAGGCACGUGCUGGCCUCCCAGAUGACCUGCAGUGCCCUGAGGGUGGGGGAGCCCGUCUCCGGGUCACACGGAGAGCGUGCGGUGACUACUCUGCUGUCUUCCUUCUACACCUCCAUGGGGCCCUCUGCUUUCAGAGAGGUUUCCUGUGGCCCCAGGAGACCAAGGAGAGUUUCGUGUUGGGUGAAAAGCCCCUUUUCAGUGUUUCCAAAACUAGAGGGAAGGUUCCUUUCUCUCUCCUUCCCUUCCUUCUCUCCUUCCUGCUGCCUUUUUCUGAGUGGAGGCAGAAAUAUUCUAAACCAAAAAUCCUAGACGCUCUGCCCAAAGCCACUUGUGCAUGAGAAUCACCCACCAGAGUUCACGGGACGGGACGCCCCUCGGGUCCGGAGCCCCUCUGCUCAUUGCUCUCGGCCCCGAGACGCAAGCGGAACUUCCUGGAAGACAGGCGCCGGCAGAGAAAUCGGACGAACCCUGCCUUCCGUGCACUUCACUCUCUAAGCCAUAUGGACUUUGCUUUAAAUAACGGGGGAAAGUGUUAGAACGUGUUGGAACGAGGACCAUCUGGUUCGAGGUGUGUCCUUUGCCUUGGGGGUUUCUGCCGCGACGUGACACCCUUUUCCAAGGCUCAUUCCCUUCCCUGUGCUUUCUCUCCCCUCCCUGAACUUGCCCUGCGUGGAACUGCUGAGCCUGCGCCGGAGGUGGACCCGCUGUUGGCCGGUCCCUGGGGAGAGGCUGCACCCAGAGGAAGAGAGGGUGUUCGCAGUCCGGUAUCUGCUCCCCCCCACCCCCAGCAGUAGCGCGGGGACGAGCGUCACUUCCCGGCCUCUCACCUUUACGGAGGAAAAACAAACUAUCUCACACGAACGAGCAACAUGUAACCAAGACAAGAUGAGACGUCCGCUUCUUGCCGUCUUCCAGAGUGACGUCAUGCGGGCGCUCCCCGGCCGGCCGCUGGGCGCCCCCGGGCUCGCCCUCAGGUGGGUCACUGGAGAUGGAGCCGACAGGUGGGGGUGAAGCAGCGAAGUGGCCACGAGGGGCUGGGCUGUCUGUCGGAGCCGCAGGGCUGGGCAUGCAUGGGGCUGCCCCUCUCCGCCGGGCACCAGAGCACAACUUGCCCAGACAGGUGAGCGGCGGGCGCAGCUGCAGGCAGUCCCCGCACCCAGCGGGCGUGAAGCACAUCAGCAUGGCCUUGUGUACCCCCUCCUGGCUAAAUCGGCCCACACCGAGCCCCUCCUCCCACAGCCUUCCCCUCCGCUGCUCUUACAGCCAAGCUUUUAAGGAGUACUCAAUGAAAUGUCGUAGCAGAUGACAGUGUGGCCUACGGCAAGGUGGGGACCCAUGCCCCCGCGAGCGAGGGAUGAGGCCCACGGCCAGGGUAAACGUCCACGCCGCCAGGAGGAAGGGUCGCGCAUGCUCUGUAAACUUCUUUUGAUGCUGGGCUUGUACUUGAUCACGACUGGACUGAAGCAUGGUGUUUGCGUAACGGAUCGUAGCAUGGUUUCUAGUUUUUACGAAUUCUUGGCACACAGUGUAGUUGUUCUCCCAGUGAGCAAUCCAUCCACGUAUCCCAAUCUGGCUGUCUGUCCUUAAUGCAGCAUCCCUGUAGCAUGGACCGGGGGUCGGGAAGGCAGAAACACUGUAGCCCUCUGUGAACUGAGCUAGUCUGCGGAGGCACGCCUCGUCUCCCCUCCACGGCACCUUCUGGGUUAUCGAGAGCUUAGGUCAGUCCUCAAGUUUUCCCAACAACGUUUUCUGGAAUUGUGCAGAAAACCAGAUCUCAUUAAAAAAAAAAAAAAAGAAAAGAAAAAAAAACUUGUAGAAAGAGAGGUGCUAUGGGUACGAUUUUUAAUAAAAACAUC